AUGCCGUGCUCCCCAAGGAGAGGCCCCUGGAAAAGCCUUGUUUUUUAUGUUCUGGAGCUGCCAUCGUCUUAUUCGGACCCUUCCCCGCAUAUGAUCCCGCGCAACAACACGCAACUGCUAAGCGGAUAUGGAAACGAGAGCAGUUCGCCUCUUUCGAGGGAUGUCCCAAUCGCUUACCCGAGUCGACCCAUGGCCCAUACCCCUAUUUUGUUUGAUCUAUACCCAAAAGGUAUGGAGCUCUUAAGCCCUUUUCGAGGCGAGGGAUGGAUAUGGGCUUCCCCUGCCAACAUCUCUAGUACUAAUUCUGGACCUCUUCCCAAGCUGGGAACCAGUCACUCUUUAAUUCGGGGAAUCGAGAUGCUGUUUACUUUGCAGAGGAUGGACCCGCGGGAGCCCUAA